AUGAACGAGGUAACCUCACGGCUCAACUACACUGCGCCACUCGACUUGUAUCUUCGAGAGAAACCGUUCUACUCGAACGUUCCUGCGCCGAACGGCGUGCAAUCGAACCAAAAAGUACAAACAUAUGAGGACAUAGUCUUUCACGACAUCCGCAGAAACAUAGGCCGAUUCAACAUUGACGACCAAGGCUUUGAGGUCAUUGAAUAUGCAGGCAAGAUUCCUCAAGAUGGAGAAUUUGACUCUGAUAUUUGGGUUCGGAGUUCUUAUUACCCAGCUGUGGAACGUGUGCUCAAGGAGCGUUUUGGAGACGUAGAUGUCUUGAUUUUCGACCACACGACGGCAAACCAUUUCGAACGAGGGGGGGCUCAUCCAAAUUCACACGGCAACCGAGUAUAUGUGCACACGCCGGUAUACUCAGCCCUAGAUGGUGCAAAUCGUGUCCGAUUGCAUACCAGUGAAGAAGCUGCUAGACUGUUGAAGCAGAGAUGUCAGAUCAUCAAUGUUUGGCGACCGCUCUUUGGUCCACUCGAAAAUUCCCCGUUGACAUUCUGCGACUACAAAACUGUCGAUAUAGACCGAGAUUAUCUCGCCGCUGAUCUCAUAUUUCCCCACUAUAUAGGGGAACAGUACCUGGUGAAACAUCAUCCGAAUCAUCGCUGGCACUUCUUGAGCAAUCAACGACCAGAGGAAUUUACGUUGAUGAAAUGUUGGGAUAACAAACCCGACGUAGCAAGAUGUGCUGCAACAAUCGCUCACUAUUUACAAUGUGCUGACCAGAAGAGUCAUGUAGGCGUUACUCACACAUCUUUCAGCAACCCUAACGCGUCACGGAACGCUAGACUUCGCGAGAGUAUUGAAGUCCGAUGUUUGGUGUUCCAUAAAUAA